AUGGCAGUUUGUGCCGGCAGACUAAAGUGCUUCGGUAAUCCCGCCGUUUCGCUCCGCACUGCCGCAUCCAGAGCAUAUGCAACGACGACAUCUCCAGACCCAGCUAUCCCUAGUUCUUCGAGCGCAUCCUCUUCAUCUGCUCUCCCUAAAAGACCGCAGACAUCGUUUCGAGACAAACUAAACGCCGGUCCCUCAUUCUCCGACUUUCUCUCUGGAGGGAAUAGAGACGACGCCCGCAUCCUAGACCCCAAUGAAGCAUAUGCGUUAAAAACGGCGCUCGUCGGGCCCAAGGGCAAAAAGAAAGAAAUCACUCGUUUGCCAUCGUGGCUCAAGACUUCUAUCCCAGAUUCGAAUAAUUACAAACGUAUUAAGAAUGAUUUACGUGGUCUCGGCUUGCAUACUGUUUGCGAAGAAGCCCGGUGUCCUAAUAUAUCAGAAUGUUGGGGUGGAAGCUCGAAAUCGGCUGCUACGGCUACAAUUAUGCUUAUGGGAGAUACGUGUACAAGAGCUUGUCGAUUUUGCAGUGUGAAGACAUCCAAGACUCCUCCGCCGUUGGAUCCUCAUGAACCGGAAAAUACGGCGGAAGCGCUGUCGCGAUGGGGGUUGGGAUACGUGGUUUUGACGACUGUGGAUCGAGACGAUUUGAUAGAUGGUGGUGCGAGACAUUUCGCGGAGACGGUGAUAAGGAUCAAGCAGAAAGCGCCAAAUAUUUUGGUUGAGUGUCUCACGGGAGACUACGCUGGUGAUCUGGAGAUGGUUGCACUCAUGGCAAAGUCCGGACUAGAUGUUUAUGCGCAUAACGUCGAAACCGUAGAGGCACUGACUCCGCACGUCCGUGACCGCCGGGCAAAUUUUCAGACGAGUUUACGGGUGUUGAAGGCUGCGAAGGCAGCUGUCCCAUCACUCAUCACCAAGACGUCGAUGAUGCUAGGGCUAGGAGAAACGGAAGAGCAGAUGUGGGACGCUCUUCGGCAGUUGAGAGCCGCUAACGUCGACGUUGUGACCUUCGGACAGUACAUGCGCCCCACGAAACGACAUAUGCCAGUGCACGAAUACGUACGGCCGGACGUCUUCGAAUUGUGGAAGGAUCGAGCGCUGGAGAUGGGAUUCCUGUAUUGCGCGAGUGGGCCGUUGGUGAGAAGCAGCUACAAGGCUGGCGAAGCGUUUAUCGAGAACGUCCUGAAGAAGAGACGAGCCGAAUCAACAGGUCCCGAGAGUACGAAUGUACCGAAUGUGACUCCCGAUGCAAUAGUCAGAUAA